GAUUGGCGAAUCCUUGGAAUCGGUCCCUUGAUCCGGAAUCCAAGACGGCCAAAGCGGAAGCCCGGCUUCAUCGAGCCCCUCUCCGAUCUCUUGGAAGCGGCUCUUCGCAAUGUCGAGUUGCCUCGGUAUCUCAAGCAUCCGGACGAUAGCCAGUUCACGGCGGCGUUGGGAGCUUUCAGCAUGUGUGGCGGCGCGUUCUCUCUUGCAUCUGAAGUCGUCAGAUGA